AUGGACACUUCAAAUAUUAAGAUGCUGUUUGAGCGAGACUUGUGUACUGGAGAGAACAUCUUUCACGAGAUAGCAAGAUCCGGAGAUUGGAUGCGGCUGUAUGAAAUCCAUCACUUAGUAGAUGGAACGAACAAGUAUUUACUGGAAGAACCGAAUUAUGAAGGUGAAAAUUGCCUCCACUUAGCAGCGUCAACGAAAAGAGGGUCACAAGCAAUUCUGUUGAUGGAAUUGUUAGUGAGAAUGGGCGCUAAUCUUAACAAAGGAAACUUAUGUGCGGGUGACACUGUACUUCAUCAGGUGGUCUAUAACAAAGACUAUCUACUAGCAGCGUGGUUGUGUGAGCAGCCGACCAUCAAUUUAGAAACACAAAAUCACGCCGGGCUGACGCCAUUUCAAACGGCGUUUAAACGAGGUGACGAAAAAAUGAUGACGACAUUGCGAAUUCAUGGUGCAAUUACUCAGGGAGUAAGCGACAGUGAAGAAGAAGAAGAAGAAGAAGAAUACCGUGAUCCACAGUAG